AAUAGUGGAUGUUUGUAGAUUUGCGCUCGAUGCCGUAUUGGGUCUCUUGGUAGCUAGAUUCAGCAUCUAAAACCCAUGUUAAAUGUGGCUUAUUUUCCUACUGUCAGCGCUAGUGCAGGGUGAAAUAUUGUUCGGAAAGUUCAAGGUCAAUCCUUCUAUUCUCGAGGAAAUGUCACUCCUGUUGAACUCUGAAUAACAGCUGUGCUGUCACCGUGACAGUGACGUCCGUGUAAGCCCACUCCAUUCCCUGAUAACAGAACGUCAACAAAAUCCACGACAAUUUUUAGGACUUUUCUGCCUUAUCUCGCUGACACUCUGCCAUUAUUGCUACCCGGAGUUCGCGUUCAUUAUCUCAAUGCAGGCUCACCGCUGAAGACGUUCGUCGCGCGCUUUCUCGCCAGCUUCCAGAUUGGACUCUCGUGGUACGUGUGCGCCCAGUGGAAAAUCACGGCUGCUUCCGGGGAAAAUAAAAUGUUCAGAGCUUCACGUAGCUCCUGUUUUCAGUGCAUAACUGUUGUUUUCGUUUGCAUGUGUUGUCGCUAGUAAGGUGAUAGAACGGUUCCCCUAAAUUUCGCGGUUCCGUGCGUGCAUUGUGCCGUCUGUGACAAUAGUGGGAAAGUAGGACUACGCAGCGUCCAGAGAGCCAGGAUCACAACUCAUUAGGGCAUUAAAAGAUGACUCUAAGCAUGUCGCAUAAAGCUCUGACACAGUCGUACUCAGGGCAGUUUCAGGCGGUGCCUGGGAGCAGUAGAAGCCCCCUGCGCAGCGGCGAGACAAUCCACUCAGGCCAGUUUAUGGUAUCGGACUUCGAAGCGGAGGCGCAAGAUGAAGACGAUAACGAAAUCAGAAUGCCUGACCCGGACGACCCCAACUUGGAGAAGGAACCCGACGGAGCGGACGCCGGGAUGAGUAUUUGCACAGCGGUCCAGCGCUACGUGCCCCAGUCGGCCUCCUUCGGCGACAGGAUGAUCGUAACGUCGCGGGUGGAGAUCGAAACGACGCUCGCCAAGCUGUUCAAAUGCAUGAACCUGGCGUACAGCCAAAAACUGACAUCGCCAAAAUGGAACCACUUCAGAGGAGUUCGAUUGCGUUGGAAGGACAAAAUACGUUUAAACAACGUCAUCUGGCGAUGUUGGCAUAUGCAAUUUUUCUUGAAGAAAAGGACCCCAGUGUGCCAGUUUGCAUCUCCCUUGGACGUUGAUAUCCACAGCAAUCCUCAAACCGUUGUACUUGAAGGCAAAUACUGGAAACGACAACUAAGUGUCAUUCAAGCAGAAUAUAGAAAAUGGAGGCGUAACUUCAAAUCGAAUGCUAUUGGUACAUUAAUUUGUGAUUCUAAAAGUGAAUUUGACUUCUCCGAACUACUCUUUCUCAAUGAUCCAUCUUUAAUUAACGAUGUUUGGGCAAACGAUUCGCUUUUCUCAACACUAAACGUUCCGUUUCCCUUUCCUGAUUCACGUGAAAUUGCUCGAGAUGCUGGCCGAGCAGAUUUUAUUCAACCAACUUUGGGUGCAUUACAACCAAAUAUAGAGGAUAUUAAUUUGAAUACAUUUCACGAAUUGUUGAAUGUCCGUCUUCCAACUGUUCCUGAGGAUGAUGUUUUACGAACUGUCGAAUUUCUUCCAAUAAUGGGUUCUGAACAAAUGGAUUCCGCAAAUAUUGAAGACGUAACAAAUAACCCGCAGCAUCAAUCAAUAGGAGAUGUGUCGUUGCAGGACACCAACAUGCUGGAAAUGAGCACAACAGGGACGUUAAGAUUUACAGGAAACAUGGAUAUAGAUCAGAAUCCUGCAGCGAUAAUUCCACCUCAGAAUACCGAUAAUCAAAUCAUUGGAACGUAUGGCUAUAGAAAUCAAUUAGUCGACUCGAAUGAAUCGCAAAUUCAGAAUACAUCAGGUGUGGCCAGUUACGCAAUUACGGCCAGUAUUAACAAUCAAGAUGAGAAUCAAGCCUCAAUGCUUAGUACAGUGAACCACAAUAGUGGACAUAACGGCCGACAUAUCUUUAAGGACGGCCGAGUAACCAAACCAAAUAAUAGAAAUUUUAGAAAACGGGAACCAAUCAACUAUGAUAGAACUCAACCAACGUCGCAUCAGACAUACCUGUAUCAGCAAGUGCUAGCCGAGCAAAAACAGCAGCAAAAGCAACAUCAGCAACAACAGCAACAUGCGAAUAAUUCGCAAGUAAUGAAUACCAUGCAGUAUUCGCAGCAGUUUUCAAAUGCGUCUGUUCUAAGUGCUCCUGGCAGUUUUUCAUCGCAACCUUCUAAUAUUGUUGCCACCGAAAUGAAAAGUUUCUCAUUUCCCCAACAAUCCUCACCUUUUCCAAUGUUACAUCAAAAUUUACAUAAUCAAUCGGAAAUCAUGUCCAUCUUGAAUUCUGAACAAGAUGCCUUCAAAUCUAAUUUAGUUCAACAGCAAACAUCCCCCAAUUCUUCGUUUCCUGUCUAUAAUAACAUGUCAAACUUCAAAAAAGCUGCGUCAACCGCAGGCUACAUACUUCAAACAGAUAUGCAACUUUCGCCUUCGGGUAGUUCUAUGAACCAGUUUAUUCCGAGCCAACAGCCGCAACAACAACCACAACAGAUUCCUCAGCAACUAGUAACCAAGGAAAUGUAUAGAUCUAACAGUCUCCCGCUAAACUCUUCUCUUCCUAAAUUUCCGCAAAAGGAAGAUAAUUUCGCUGUACCCGUAUACACGAAGCAUUCUCGGUCUCGUACUCGAAGUAAUUCUAUGCAGCAAACAACGGGUCAUGUUUUGUCAACACUCCAGCCAGCUACAAGCGAACCUAUGCUCAAUAAAAGCACUCUGGCGCAGCUCCUUACUUCAAGUAAUAAUAAUAAACUUACGGCGAAGCAAAGUACUUCAACAAGUGCCAUAGCGUCCUUACCCCCGUCAGGGUUUUCGCCCACAUUUUCUAGUUCUAAUAAUUUGCAACCGACAGUACAAACAACACAAUUAACGCAAACGUCUGUAAUACAACAGCACCGGCAGCAGCACGUUUCUCCCACUAGAAAUGUAUCGAUACAAAAAGCUACAGUCAGUGCCCCGUCAUCAGAUAAUAAGGUAUUUAACUUUUCUGGAUCGAGUCUCACUCCGACCGCCAGAUUUUCACCGGAAUCUUUUCCGGACCCAGGAUCUCCACUUUCUCCUACUCAUGCGUCAAGCGCGUCUAGCCAACUGAAAUAUCCACGUGACAAUCACCGCCGAGCGGGCCAUAUCCAUGCCGAGCAGAAACGUCGUGGUAAUAUUAAGAAUGGAUUUGAUAUGCUCCAUUCACUUAUACCGCAGUUGCAGCAAAACCCAAAUCCUAAACUAAGCAAAGCAGCUACUCUUCAAAAAGCUGCAGAAUAUAUCAAGCAACUUCGGACUGAAAGAAAUGGCAUCAAUGAGAAAAUCGAUGCGUUGCGCAAAGAGCGAGAUGCACUCAACAGUUCUUUAUUGCAUCUUCAAUCAAUUUUACCUGCAAAUGGAGCACCUGUUUCAAGACAAAGAACUGAACAAGUUAAGCAGCUGUAUAACCAGUACAUUCUUUACAAAACAAAGCAGAACUGGAAGUUCUGGAUUCUUGGGUUAAUUCUUGAACCGCUAAUAAAUUCUUAUACGUCAACUGUAUCAGUGGCAAGCAUUGAAGAAUUAUAUCGAACCGCCCUGCUGUGGGUUGAUCAACAUUGCUCCCUAGUUGAACUGCGGCCUGCCGUUUCAAAUAAACUUCGAUACCUGUCAACAACAACUGAUAUCCUGUCCGAUCCACCAUCUUCAAUAGAAGAGGAAGUUCUUAAGGCAGUCAACAAUAAGAGUGGAGAACAUCCAAAUUUGACGACUUCUUAGUAAUAACUUUCUCUUAUGUUACAGUAAUAAUCGGCUUGCUUAAUUUUCGAUGUAAUAUCAUAAUUUUCAUAUUCUACUGGUAUCACCAUAAGUUCAUUUCUUUGUUUGCCUUCUGUUCUGAUGUUUUCAGACUAGCAAUUUUAGGUUAAAAGUAUUCUUUAAAGCGACUAGUUUAGAGACGAGUCGUGUUGAAGGAAAAACAAGAGUAAUUUUCAAAAGUUGACGCCACAAGGCAAAAGAGGGGAUCUUAAAUAUUUCAGUGCCUUAAAAGUUUUAAAAUGAAAUUAUAUGAGAACGUGGAUAUUUGCUGCCAAUGUCUUGUCACAAAAUUAAAUUUUGAUGUUAAUUGUUUAACUAAUUAAGCAAAGUUUAUUUUCAUUUUUUUUUCUAUUACGUUAAUGUGUUAGGAUCAUAAAUAUCUAAGGAUUGUUUUGUAAUUAUGCUCGUGAAAUAAAUAAUUUUG